AUGAAUCCGAAUUGGGAGCUCAAGAAUUGUUGUAAUCAUGACCAGGUGGUGUUCCUUGUCACAAUUGGUGUCUUCACUGUCGUCAUUCUUGCUUUAUGGAGAACUUUUUUGCUGACACCUUUCAAGCUGAUUACUGUGUUUCUUCACGAAGCUAGCCAUGCAAUCGCAUGCAAGCUCACAUGUGGCCAGGUGGAAGGUAUGCAAGUUCAUGCAAACGAGGGCGGGGUGACGCUUACACGUGGUGGAAUUUAUUGGUUGAUCUUGCCAGCAGGAUAUCUUGGUUCAUCGUUUUGGGGAAUGCUUCUUAUACUUGCUUCUACAAAUCUGCUAACUGCUAAAAUUGCUGCUGGAUGUUUUAUUGCGGCUUUGGUAGUUGUACUUUUCAUCGCCAAAAAUUGGACGCUCCGUGGACUUUGCAUUGGAUUUAUCAUUUUCAUUGCUGUGAUAUGGGUUCUGCAAGAGUUUACUAAAGUUCGUAUCCUUCGCUAUGUCAUCCUCUUCAUUGGUGUCAUGAACAGUUUGUUUUCAGUAUAUGAUAUAUAUGAUGAUUUGAUAUCUCGGAGGGUUAAUUCGAGUGAUGCUGAAAAGUUUGCAGAAAUUUGUCCUUGCCCCUGCAAUGGCGUAGGAUGGGGCGGGAAUGAUAUCUUUCAUUUUCCUCUGUGGAGCCAUGUACCUUGGACUUGUCAUUUUAUCUUGAGAUUUCCUGAUGUGGUUCUAUGGCUUAUGGGGGAGUAUGAGCUGUGGGACGCCUGA